UCCUCCCCUCCUCUUCCUCCCUCCCUUCUUCAGCCCCCUCUUCUUCCCCUUUGUUUCCCUCCUUCUCCUCUGCUCUAGGACUGAGAGCCCCCCUUUCCACCAUCUUCUGCCCUUGGAUUGUUGCCCAACCUCCAUUUUCCUUGGAAACAAUAAUGAUGAUGGUGAUAACAGCGAUGGCCAGCACUUGGGGCUUUAAGCUCUCUGCCCUUCCCCGAGAGGAGUGAGCUCUGGACACUGGAAUGGCCCCUGUGUUCCUGACAGCCAGGGCUCACCAGGAGCCAGUGACCUUCCAAGAUGUGGUGGUGGUCUUCACAAGGGAGCAGUGGGCUUACCUGGACCCUUCCCAAAAGGAGCUGUACCGAGACGUGAUGCUGGAGACCUACCGGAACCUGCUGUGCUUGGGACUCGCCAUGUCUAAGCCCCAGGUGAUACGCCAGCUGGAGCGAAGGGAGGCUCCUUGGAUACCAGAGAGGAGAAUCCCAGGGAGCAGCUGUCCAGAUUGGGAGACUAGGUGUGAAACCAAGAAGUCCCAUCCCAAACUGGGCAUUUCUGUGGAGAAUUCAUCAGAAGACAGACUCACAAAAGAUGGUUUCUCUGCCUCCAGCUUGAAAGAAGCCUUGGCCUGUGAUGUAAUGUCAGGGAGGCAACAGAGCAUUGAGGAGAAAACUUCUCAGCAAGCAAAAGUCACCCAGAGGGAAACACCCAGUGAUGGCCAAAGCAUCAGUCUGGUACCAGAGCUUUUUGUACGACAGAGAGUAUUUGUAGGAAAGGACCUUCUCAGAUGGGAUACAGCCAGAAAGAACUUCAUUCUGUCUUCAGAACCUAGGAAGUGCCAUAGAAUUUGCUCUAAGGAGAUAGAUCCUAGGUGUAAUAAAUGUGAGGAACCCUUCACUUCUCCGUCAGACUUUAUUGUAUGCCAUAGACUUUAUCCUAGAGAGAAACCUGAUGAUUGUAAUGAAGACAGGAAAACUGUCAGCUUCAGCCCGUAUAUUAAUUCCCAUCAGAAUAUUGACAUUGAUGAGGAAGUCCCUAAAUGUAAUAAAUUUGAGAAGGCUUCUAUCAAAACUGUACAACUAAUUGAACAUCAGAGAAUCCACACUGGAAAGACACUGGAAUAUAGUGAAUAUGGGGAGGCUUUCAACCGUGGUUCAUCCCUUACUUCCCACCAGAGGAUUCACACUGAGAAAAAACCUAAUCAUUGUUUGAAGUCCUUCCUUCAGAGUUCACAGCUUCCUCAUCACCGGCAAGUUUAUACUGGAGAGAAGCUUUAUGAAUGUAAUCAGUGUGGGAAGGCUUUCCACCGGAAAGGGCAGCUUACUCAGCAUCAGAAAAUUCAUACUGGAGAGAAACCUUUUGAGUGUAAUGAGUGUGGGAAGGCUUUCCGCCUGAGAGAACACCUUACUCGACAUCAGCGGAUUCAUACUGGAGAGAAACCUUAUGAAUGCAAUGAAUGUGGGAAAGCAUUCCACCUGAGAGAGCUCCUUACUCUCCAUCAGAGUAUUCAUACUGGAGAAAAACCUCAUAAAUGUGACGAAUGUGGAAAAGCCUUCAGCCAGAGAGGCCAUCUUAAUCUACAUCAGAGAAUUCACACUGGAGAAAAACCUUAUAAAUGUAAUGAUUGUGGGAAGCUCUUUCGUCUGAAAGAACACCUCACUCGACAUCAGAGAAUUCAUACUGGAGAGAAACCUUACGAAUGCAAUGAAUGUGGGAAGUUUUUCAGACGGAGAGGGCUUCUUACUCGACAUCAGAUUAUACAUACUGGAGAGAAACCUUACAAAUGUAAUGAAUGUGGUAAGGCCUUUAGCCUGAGAGAAUCAUUUACUCGACAUCAAACUAUUCAUACUGGAGAGAAGCCUUAUGAGUGUAAUGAAUGUGGGAAGGUCUUUAGCCUGAGAGGAUCAUUUACUCGACAUCAGAGUAUUCAUACUGGAGAGAAACCUUACGAAUGCAGUGAAUGUGGGAAAGCUUUCCACUUGAGUACAGAGCUUACUCGACAUCAGAGAAUUCAUACUGGAGAGAAACCUUAUGAAUGUAAUAAAUGUGGGAAAGCCUUUCAUGUGAGCACAGAGCUUACCAGACAUCAGAGGAUUCAUACUGGAGAGAAGCCUUAUGAGUGUAAUGAAUGUGGAAAGGCUUUCCACCUGAGAGAAUACCUUACUCGACAUCAGAGGAUUCAUACUGGAGAGAAACCUUAUGAAUGUAAUGACUGUGGAAAAGCCUUCCGCCUCAGGGAACACCUUACUCGACAUCAGAGGAUUCAUACUGGAGAGAAACCUUAUGAAUGUAAUCAAUGUGGGAAGGCCUUCCACUUAAAAGAACUCCUUACUCUCCACUGGAGUAUUCAUACUGGUGAGAAACCACAUAAAUGUAAUGAAUGUGGGAAGGCUUUUAGCCAGAGAGGACAUCUUACUGUACAUCAGAGAAUUCAUACUGGAGAGAAACCUUAUGAAUGUAGUCAAUGUGGAAAGGCCUUCCAUGCAAGAGAACUACUCACUCUCCAUCAGAGUAUUCAUACUGGAGAGACACCUUAUAAAUGUAAUGAAUGCGGGAAGUUCUUCAGCCAGAGAGGACAUCUUACUGGACAUCAGAGAAUUCACACUGGAGAGAAACCUUAUGAAUGUAAUGACUGUGGGAAGAUUUUUCGUCUGAAAGAACACCUUACUCAGCAUCAUAGAAUUCACACUGGAGAGAAGCCUCAUAAAUGUACUGAAUGUGGAAAGGCCUUCAGCCGGAGAGAACACCUUACUAGACAUCAGACAAUUCAUACUGGAGAGAAACCUUAUGAAUGUAAUGAAUGUGGGAAGGCCUUCAGCCUGAGAGGAUCACUUACUCGACAUCAGAGUAACAAAUGUCAUCCCAUAUUUGGAAAUUAAGCCAAGAUUUUGUAAGACCUUAAUAUGGACAACCACAAAAUUCUGAGAAGUGAAUUAAAAAGCCAAAUAAUUGGAUGGAAUUCAGUAUUCAUGUUUUUUUCUGACAAAUUUCAUAGAAUACUCAUCAAAAUACCAACAAUUUCUUAGCUGUUCAAACCUUUUGACUCAGUUAUCCAAACACUAGGCAUGUGCCAAGAUCACUAGGGAAAAGUCUUAUGUUCUUGUUCAGUCAUUUUAAUUGUGUCUGACUCUUCAUGACCCCAUUUGGGGUUUUCUUGGCAAAGAUACUGUAGUGGUUUGCCAUUUCCUUCUCUAUCUCAUUUUACAGAUGAGGAAAGAAGGCAAACAGUUAUGUGACUAGCUCAGGGCCACACAGUUAUUAAGUAUCUGAGACCAGAUUUGAACUUAGGUCUUCCUGACUCCAGGCCCAGCACUCUAUCCACUAUACCACUUAUGCCAAAGGUCCAUUUGUAGCAGCUUUUUGGAUGCAAUGGAUAGCAAAAAAGCUAAAAACACAUUAUGUAUGUGUCAGUUACGGAAUGACUGCACAAAUUUUGCUGUGUACUUGAGCUGGGAUAUUACUGUGUAACAAGAAAUGAUAAAUAUGAGAAAUUUAGAGAGCCAUGGAAAGAUUGUAUGAACUGAUACAGGAAAAAGGAGAACGAGAAGAACAUGAAGCAGAAUGAUUACAGCAAUUAAGAUUAAACCAUUUCUAAAGUGCUGCAGAUCAAUUGUAUUAACCUGCUUUGUUCCCAAAGAAAAGAGGAAAUGGACCUCCAGCUUCUCACUAGAGAGGUGAGGUAUAAACUGUUGCAUAUACUGUCAGAUGUGAUUACUUAAGCUUUUAGGUUUUAUUUGUUUUCUUUGUUACAAAAGAGGAUUUUAUGUAGAUGGUAUAUUUGGAAGUUAUUCUGGAGAUUAUAAAAAGCAUAAAUUAAAGUUAUUAAUGGGGGGAGUGAUUUGACACAAAUGCCUCUCUGUCUACACAUCUCAGAAUAAGGUAUGUGUUCUUUUCAGUGUUUGGGAGGGUCAACAACUCUCAGCUAAGUAGAGUUUGGUUGAAAAUUGUGGAAAUAGCCCUGAACUAUUUACCGCCCUUGGAAUUAUCCAAGCCUUUCUGAAUAGUCAACACUAAGUGAUAUGGGAUCCCAUUUCUGCCCUAGGGAUGGAGAUAGAGGAGGCCAGUGCAUUUGAAUAUACCUGCUCCACUCACAUUCACUUUGAUCAAUGAGAAAUGCAGGUAACACCUGGAAUUUUACAGUGGACUAAAUGAAACAAAACAAAAUUGUCAUACCAAUGAUUGAGGCCAUCUCUGACCUAGUUAGUGUCAUGGAGUGGUUGAGUGGUGGGGGUUUGUUGACCUCACUAAUGUCUUUUUCCCUAUUCCUAGAGCUGAGAGUAAUCAGAAGCCCUUUCCUUUCACUUGGGAAGGAGUUCAGUAUACUUUUUAUCAUCUGCCCCUAGGACUACAUACUGCCAUAGUCUGGUCUUCAAAAAGUGGAGCAAGGCCUCACUUUGUGUGAAGAUAUUGAUGUAUAACACUACAUUGAUGACAUCAUGCUUACUGAGCUUGCCAAUGACAUGGACUGUAUGAUACCCCACUUGAGAGAAAGGUGUGGGAAAUCAACUCUUAGACAAUCCAGAAUCUAGCCUGCUGCCAGAUUUGGGGGAAUACCAUGAAUAAGGGGAACCCCAUUAAUGUAGACACUCCAAAAUGAGCUUUUGCCAUUUGUCUUCCCAGAGUUGGAAAGGGAAACCCUAACACUUAACUGAAUUCAGGUUUUUAGGAAACCCACACUACCUGCCUAAGCCCCCAUUUACUGAAACACCUGUAAGCCCCCCCUUUUUUAUUGGGGCCCAGAACAGAAUACAUUCUUGAAAAGACUAAAGUGAACCAUCCAACAGUCUUCCCUCACUGAGCCUUUAUGACCCCAUAUUUUCAGAGAUCUCCAUAAAGGCCAAGCUGAAUGGAGUCUGUGGCAGGUAUCUAUGAGUGGCCAAACCAAAUGACCAACAGGCUUAUGGAGCUGUGAGUUCCCCAAAAUGGCCUCUCUAUACUACUUUUGAGAAGCAGUCAUUCAGCUGUUAUUGGACCCUAGCUACUGAGUGGGUGACGCAAGGUCAGACCAAUGUCCUUCAUCAAAUUUGCCUAUUGUGAAUUGAGUAAGGAAAAGUUAGUUCUUCUAACAAGAUGGUAGGGCCUGAGAGGCCUCUUGUUAAAUGGAAAUGGUGCUUUUUU